AUGAGUCAAUCACUGUCUGUGCCUCCGUAUUUUGACGGAAGCAACUAUGCCUACUGGAAGGUUAGGAUGCGUACUUUUCUCAAGUCCUUAGAUGAACGUGUUUGGGUGAGUGUACAAAAUGGUUGGAAACCUCCUUCCACAACUGUGUCAGGUGUUGUCAAUCUAACUGAUAUUUCACUUUGGACAAUGGAAGAAUUAGCUGAUUGCAAUUGGAAUAGCAAAGGACUUCAUGCCUUGUUUAUGGCCAUGUCUCCCGAAGAAUUUAGAAGGGUGUCAAUGUGUGAGACUACUAAAGAAGUAUGGGACAUUCUAGAGACUAUGCAUGAGGGAACUAAAAUCCUGAAAAAUUCAAAAUUACAAAUGCUAACCUCGAGGUUUGAAGAAAUCAGGAUGAAGGAUGAUGAAUCGUUUGAUGAGUUUUAUGCAAAAUUGAAUGACAUUGUAAAUUCUAGUUUCAAUCUAGGUGAGAAGAUUCCCGAGUCAAAAAUUGUGAGAAAGAAAAACAAGUCCAUAGCGCUGAACACAGUUGGAAAAGAAGAGUCUGAGUCGUCUGACAUAGAAACCCUUAAAGAUGAGAAAAUAGCUUACUUCCUAAAGAAGUUCCAGAAAGCUUUAAAGGACAAGAGAUGGUCCCAAGACAAAAAUAGAGGAGUCCCUAGUAAAUUCCAAAAAGAGAAAAGUGAUAAACCAAUUGCUAGGAAGUCUAGUAAGAAAUCUCAAGUUGUUAGGUGCCAUGAGUGUCAGGGAUUUGGGCACUAUAGAAAUGAAUGUCCCAACUUUAAGAAAAAUCUAAAAAAGGGAAGGAGCAAAGCAUUAGCUGUGUCAUUGACUGAUGAUGAAUCAAACUCAAGUGAUCAAAGGUAUACCUCCAGUAGUGAAGAUGAAAAAGGUUAUAUGGCUUUUGUAUCUACAGUUAAGAGUGAGUCAGAUAAGGAUGGUGAGAAGGUUGAGGAGGAUGUAGAGAGUGAGAAGUCUAGUGACGAGACUGAGGAUGAGACGGAUAUACAUGAGGCUUAUCAACUUCUGUUUAAAGAGAGUCUCAAGAUUAAAAAGGUAAAUAAGGCCCUAUUUAAGAAGGUAGACGAGCUUGAGAGAGAGAAAGAGAGACUCACUAAUGAUCUUCAUGUCUCAUCUAAAAACCUUAGUGAGUUGAAGUGUGUCAAUGAAAAGCUAGAGGACAGGGUUAAGACACUAACUUGUGAGUUAGAGAAAUCUAAUAUUCAACUGCAGUCUUUUAUGAGUGGGACUAAGAAACUAGAUGACCCGUUAGGAAUGAACAAACCCACUGGGAAUAGUAUUUCAAUCAAUCAUGAAUCCAAAAGUAAGAGUGUCACUGAACUGAAUGCAACUAGAGCCCGUAAGAUUUCCACACCAAAAUUUCAGCACCAACCAUCACAUGCAUUUGAGCCUAGGUUCAUACCCAUUUGUCAUCACUGUGGUGCUUUAGGACACACGGGACCUAGGUGUCAUAAGCUAGCAAAUAGAAAUAGAAGUCAGGAUAUCCCUAGUCAAGUAAACUUCCUUUCAAAUCAGGUUAGUCACUUAACUAAGAUGGUGACAAAAUUGACUAGGAUCACCUUGACCUCUAGAAAAGUUUGGGUCAAGAAAUCUGAUGUGGGUAGGUAUGGUGAGAAUUCAAAUUGUUCUGUAGCUCAUGUUGCAUAUAAGGCUCAAAAUACAUGUAUGUGGUAUCUUGAUAGUGCUUGUUCUAGACACAUGUGCGGUAAUAAGGCCUUAUUCUCUACCUUUGAUGACUACAACAGUGGUGUAGUUACCUUUGGAGACAGGGGUACGGCACCUAUCCAUGGUAAAGGCACCAUCAACAUAUCUGGACUUCCUACUAUAUCUAAUGUGCUUUAUGUAGAGGGUCUUAAGUCCAAUCUGUUGAGCAUUAGUCAAAUUUGUGAUGCUGACUAUGAAGUGAGUUUUAAAUGUUGUGUGCAAGCCGUGUCGACAAGGAAAACAACUUAG